UUAGAAGCACUUGAAGCAUUAUGUUCAAUAUUACCGCUCAUUAAUUUCAGUAGUUCGAGUAAAAAUAAUAAUGGAGAAUUACCAGCAAAAAAUCAAUGACCUUUUAAGAAAAGCUAGAGCUCAAGGCGUUGCGAGAGCUGCAGGACCUAAAAAAUCUUUUAUUACUAAUAUUGUUGUUACACCGAAAGGGGAGGAACCAAAAUCUUUAAAAGAUAUUUGGCGAAACACGGACUCAAAGAAUCCUACAACUAUUAAAUCUCGCAAGAAAGGAAAGUCGACCAAAGAUAAAAAAUCAAAAACAAAAAAACCGAGUUCUGGUAAUAGGAAUCAUCAAGAAGAAUUUCAACGUACUAAUGUGGAAAACAUCCCGGUUCCUUUUGUAGGAUUCCGUCGCAACAAAACAUCAUUCCGCUUAGAAAAGUAUAAAGAAGAUACACCACCUCGGUUUAAUAAAAAAUACACUUUACCAACUGAUUCUCCUGGUUCGGACCAAAGUUCUGAUACGAGCCCACUUAAAAAUGUUAAAAAGCACGACAUCACUAACUAUUUCCAACGAAUGGCAAUUAAAACUGAGUAUACUGAUCACUCUGAUACCAUUUCUCCCAAUUUCAUUUCUCCCGAUAUCACUCGUUCUGAUACCAUUUCUCGUGAGAUGGUUUCUUCGGCCUUUUCUGAAAAUUCCAGUUUUAUAUCAGAUGAAAACGGGGAUGUAUUAAUGACGUCAGCUGUAUCGAGUCCUGAUAGGCAAGUAAUGAUUUUAUCUGAUGACGAAGAAAUGGGUGUCAAAGAAGGUGAACUUCCGGUGUUUAAGGUAACCAAGAAUACGACUACUACACACAUUCAUCUGCCUUUUUCUCCAAAAGUUACGCUCGACCAGACUUCAGAACAAAAACCGGAUCAUAGAAUAACACCACCAAACAGAAACGCUUCAAUGGUCGGUUAUUUUCAAAAGGGCAAACGUAAACAGAUAUUUACAGAAUUUGUUACUGGUGACAAAUUAAACGGUACAUCGCCCGAUACUUUGCGAAUUCUUGCAGCAGCACAAUCUAAUGAAGAACCUGAUCGCAAGUUUGUGAUGAAAAAUCCAUUUAUCUAGGAACUUCAUUAUCUUAUCACUAAAUAUUAUUAUAGGAUAAAUAUAUUUACCUUAAAAUUUUGUCGAAAAGUGAAGUAAAUUUGUGAAAGUUGAUUAUUUAAAUUACAUAUAAUAAAUUAAAAAGUUAUUACAAUAGUAA